AUGCAUGGGAAGCGGCGCAAUGCGCCCGGCAGCAGCGACGAGCGCCCCAGACCUACAAAGCAUGCGCGCUUCACCGAAACCCACCCCUACGAUUCGGAUUCGAAAUCGAGGCCCCAAGACAAGGCUAUGUUCGCCGCCAACGACUUGCUGUCCUCUCUUUCAGACGAGCUUCUAAUCCGCAUACUGUCCUUCCUAUCGACUUCUAAUCUUCUCGGUAUCUCACCCGUUUCCCGCCGUUUCUACCGCCUUUCUGCCGACUCUCAGCUCUGGCGCACGCUUUACUACCAUCGCUUCGUCCUGCCGCGCGCUUUGAAGAUACCCGGUUUUCGCGAUGGCUCUGCACGAGACAGCAGUCGAAUACAGUUUUCCACACGCCGAACCGUCUGGGCCGACGGUGGCUGGGGUCGUAGAGAUGCUCUGGGAGAUUCUGUUGAUUGGAAGCGCCAGUACAAACUACGGCACAAUUGGGCUAGCGGUAAUGCCUUGGUUCAAGAGGUGAAGGUUGGGGAAUCUUUGCUCGACUCUGUGGGCGCAGGGAAGACUCUAGUCAAAGUGAUUGAGGGUAUCGCGGUCACUGCCGACUGCGUUUCUGGCAUGCGAGCCUGGGACCUCAAGACGAGAGAGCCUAUCGCCCAAAUCAGCUUCAAGGAUGGCAACUACGGAUCAUCCCCUACUUGCUUAGCGAUCGAUUCCCGGAAGUUUGAGAAUAAGAGGCUCGACGUCGCAGUCGGGUUUCUGGACGGGAGCUUCGGCGUUUGGGAGCUUUAUAUCGAAGAAGGCAGGUUUCAGAAAAGAUACAAGCACGAAAAGUCCAGCAACGGCCGACUGGUGGAGAUUAAUCAGUUCUGA